AUGUAACAAUUUGUAGUAACAGCACCACCCCCUGAAACUGCUCUGUACGUGACUCCCCUGGAUCGAGUCACUGAGUUUGGAGGUGAGCUUCAAGAAGAUGGAGGAAAACUCUUCUGCACUUCUUGCAAUGUGGUUCUGAAUCAAGUUCGCAAGUCUGCCAUUAGUGACCACCUCAAGUCAAAGACUCAUACCAAGAGGAAGGCAGAAUUUGAAGAGCAGAAUGUGAGAAAGAAGCAGAGGCCCCUAACUGCAUCUCUUCAGUGCAACAGCACUGUGCAAACAGAAAAAGUCAGUGUUAUCCAGGACUUCGUGAAAAUGUGCCUGGAAGCCAACAUCCCCCUGGAGAAGGCUGAUCACCCAGCAGUCCGCGCUUUCCUGACUCACCACGUGAAGAACGGAGGCUCCAUGCCUAAGUCAGACCAGCUGAGAAGAGCUUACCUGCCUGACGGGUACGAGAAUGAGAAUCAGCUCCUCAACUCCCAGGACUGCUGCCCAGGAGGUUACACCGUGUGA